UUGCUCUUAUCAUUGCUCACAAAACCCACUGCCACCCCUGCCUCCACUCAAAAACUUCACCCACAUCACCCAUCUGAACCUCAUCCCCCUCACCCACCCAGACUCAGACAGCCUCUACAGCUCCACCCGCCUCAGCCUGUCAGACGGGUCGGAGGACCAGCUCGACCGCCUCCAGCAAGUGGAGCUGGCCAGGAUGACGCCCAUGUCUCAGUGGAGGGCUGGCACCGUUCAGGCCUGGCUGGAGGUUGUUAUGGCAAUGCCUAUGUACAUCCGCACCUGCUCGGAAAAUGUCAAGAGCGGAAAGGUCUUACUGGGACUGACGGAUGAAGACCUGGAGCUGGGUUUGGGCGUCAGCAGCUUAAUGCACCGCCGGAAACUUCGCCUGGCCAUAGAGGAUUACAGAGAGGCUGAGAAUGGCAAAGAGCUGUCUAAGGCCGCAGAUUUGGAUCACCACUGGGUGGCCAAGGCCUGGUUAAGUGACGUGGGAUUGCCUCAGUACUCCCAGGCUUUCCACACUCACCUGGUGGACGGGCGGAUGCUGAACUCCCUGACCCGCCGUGACCUAGAACGUCACCUCAACAUCACCAAGAAGUUCCAUCAGGUCAGCCUGUUGCUGGGCAUCGAACUGCUGCAGUCGCUCAACUUCAACAAGGAGGUGCUGCAGGCUCGCCGGAUACAGUGUGAGCACGAGAAUGAGGAUCCGCUGGUAUGGACGUCUCAUCGCGUCAUGAAAUGGAUCAAAGAUAUUGACCUCAAGGAAUACGCUGACAGCCUCCUCAGUAGUGGAGUUCAUGGAGCUGUUAUGAUGCUUGACCCGUCUUUCAACACUGACUCAAUGGCGACAGCACUGGGAAUUCCCAGCAACAAACACAUGGUCCGGCGACAUCUUGAUGAGGAGAUGAUGGCACUGAUCAGCUCAGCCAGAGCAAAUACACAGCAAAGUUAUGAUCUUUCAGGUGCGAUAACUCCACCAUCGCUGCUUCGGCAGAACUCUCUGACCAGACCUCCCAGCUCUAACGCCCGGCACACAGAUGACGAGGGUUCUUUACGAAGGAGGGCUGUGAAGCCUCCAAUAGGGCUCAGCCCCAAAAAGCGGGGUGGGCGGGACCUGAGUUGCCAUAGCAGUUUUGGCUCCUUACCACAGGAAGUUCGAGAUCACACUCCCUCCAGAUCCGAAGGAAGCCCAAUCCGAGGAUACUCAAGCAUCGAGAUCACAAACGUGUGAUGGCAAUAGGACUGGAAAUGCAGUGAAUACUCUGGACAGAUUGCACUUUGAAUAAAAUAUGUUUGGUUUUCUUUUUUAAGUUUCUUGACUUAAGUAAAUUGUGCACAAGCAGCUAUUUGCUGGUUUGGACUGUCAUUUCUUUUUGCCCUUAUGUCAAAGAACUGACAGACUUAUUUUUCUAUUAUGUGUAUUAAUGUUUCUUGGUGGUUUGUUUAUGUUGACUAACACCGACAGUCAAACUGAUUAUUCUACCCAAAGAAUUGACUCUUUGUAUUAUACAGACUACUUAAAGAUUAAAAAAUGAAAAAGAUUACGGUGUUAAAUACUCUUGUUUCGUCACGUUCUCUCCAUUGUGACACCUUCUUAAUGUGGUGGACAGUUGAGAAAAAUCUAAAUAAAAUUUGUAAGUUUUUAUGUGUAUUUUUUUUUUUAUGUCCAAUUACACCAUUGUGUCUGAAGAAAUGUAGCACCUCCUUUGGAGAUCUAUACUGUGCAGUAAACUUUACAAUGCCAACAAAAGAUGUGUGCUGUGAUAAAAUGAAAUGAAAGUUUUGAAAAUGAAAGGAUAAAGAAUGCUUGUGAUAAAAUAAAGAUCAUAAUUCAAACACAUCUGGACCAGUGAAAGUAAUUUUUCAAAUAAUACA